UCAUUCACACUUCCUGGUUGGGACUCAGAAGACCUUGCUGCUGCCGCAUCCAUUGUGAUCUAGGAGCUGAUCAGCUGCUCCCCAGCGGGGUGUGUGCGGGGAGAGCCCUUCCCUAGCGCCCCUCGGGGCUCAGCCGGGGGGACUUUCUCCGGGGGCUGGAGCCAGCCCCUGGGCAGCAUCGGGCUCUGCCGACACCAGCCCCUGAGCCGGAGCCUGCAGCAGGUGAGAGGAUGGUGAGUGAGAACAAGAAGGAGAAUCCUCAACAGGAAGGUCCUGAGCAUGUGGAAACAGGUGAGAUGGUAUCAGGAAGAUCUGAAGGGGAUGUUUCUCAGUGUGCUGAGCAGGGAGAAGCCCGUGAAAGUCAGUGCAAGCCAGAGAGGCAUCAGAGAAACCAUGCAAAGGAGAACCAGUGUAAAUCCACUCACAGGAGUCGAGUGAUCAAGAAAAUCAAAGAAACUGUUCAAGAGAGAAUCCCCAGUGGAGAUAGACCCCAUACAUGCAGUUUCUGUGGGAAAAGCUUCUGCUGGAGAUCAGCCUUUAUUAGUCACCAGAGAACCCACACAGGAAACAGACCCUAUAAAUGCAAGGAGUGUGGGAGAAGCUUUAGUCAGAGCUCAACUCUCACUAUUCACCAGAGAAUCCACACUGGAGAGAGACCCUACAGAUGCAACGAGUGUGGGAAAAGCUUUAGUCGGAGUGGAAACCUUCUAGCACAUCAGAGAAUCCAUACUGGGGAUAGACCCUACAGAUGCAAUGAGUGUGGGAAAAGCUUUAGUCAGAAUGCAUACCUUCUAUCACAUCAGAGAACCCACAUGAAGGAGAAACCCUACAUAUGCAAUGAAUGUGGGAAAAGUUUUAGUCAUAGCUCACAACUUCUAUUGCACCAGAGAAUCCACACGGGGGAGAGACCCUACAUAUGCAAUGAAUGUGGGAAAAGCUUUAGUCUGAGCUCACACCUUCUAUCGCACCAGAGAAUCCACAUGGGGGAGAGACCCUACAGAUGCAACGAGUGUGGGAAAAGCUUUAGUCGGAGUGGAAACCUUCUAUCACAUCAGAGAACCCACACAGGGGAGAGACCUUUCAAAUGCCCAACAUGUGGGGAAAGCUUUGUUCAGCUCUUGAAACUUGUUAGACACCAGAGAAUCCACACUGGAGAGAAACCCUAUAAGUGUAAUGAGUGCGGGAAGAACUUCAGUGACAAAUCCCACUUUAAUAAACAUCAGAGAGUCCACACAGGAGAGAAGCCCUUUAAGUGCCCUGAGUGUGGGAAAAGCUUUGGUUCAAGCUCAGAUCUUAUUAUACACCAGAGAAUUCACACAGGGGAGAAACCCUAUAAAUGCAUUGAGUGUGAGAGAAGCUUUGGUCGAAGCUCAGACCUCACUAGACAUCAGAGAAAACACACAGGAGAGAAGCCCUACAAAUGCCCCAACUGUGGGAAAAGCUUCAGUGACAGCUCUGCCCUCACUAAACACCGGAGAAUCCACAGAGGGGAGAGACCCUACAGAUGCAAGGAGUGUGGGAAAAGCUUUCGUCACAUCUCAAACCUUCUUUUACAUCACAGAACCCACACAGGAGAGAGACCCUAUAAUUGUCCUGACUGUGGGAAAAGCUUCAGUCGAAGUUCAAAUGUUAUUACUCACCAGAGAAUACACACAGGGAGAAACCCUUUAAAUGCCCCGAAUGUGGGAAAAACUUCAGUACACGUUCAGCCCUUACUGCACAUCGGAGAAUCCAUAGCAGAGUGAGACCGUUAUCAAUGUCUUGACUGUGGGAAAAGUUUCUGUAACAGCUUAGCUCCUAUAAUCUCCAGGGAACCCACACAGGGAGAAAUGCUACAAAUACAAUAAGUACAGGAAAAGUUUUAGUUGAACCUCACACAUUCUAU